UUAGAAUUAUCUAAUGGGAUACGUCAUUCCGAUCUGUUGGGAUUGGCUGGCUUGUUUGUGCUCCCCAAAUUGCCUCUUUUUUCAGAAUAGUGCUACUCCAGCCGGUCUUCGACUUUUGAACAGAGGGGACGUGGCAGGUUAAGCGGGCAACUCCUAUGGGAAACCUAAGGCAUUUAAUCCGAGCGGACUCGCGAUACCGACAGUCAGCUUGAGAUACAAAAGAAGGAAAUCGUAUCUGCGGAUCUUUUUUUUACAAUCUGGAAAACGGACGCUUACCUGUGAAACCUACUAAAUGAGUGCCAGGACAACCGAGAGAUUGGCGCUAACCAUUCCACUUUGCACCUUGAACGGGACUACCCAGACAAAUGGCACGUGCAUCGAUCAAGUGGAGCACUUAUUCCAGGUUUUUUCGUCCACUCUCGUGCUCAUCGCGUUGGUCGCGGUGAUUAUCGGGAUCAUACUGGUUUCCCUCACUACUUUUCACUUUCACAAAAGCAAAAUGAAAAAGCGGAAGAUACAGAAAGCUCAGGAGGAAUACGAACGAGACAACUGCAGCCCCAAAACAGAGAAAGGCAAAGCGGCAGUCAGACAAUGCAUCAUGGUGCGACCUGCGCACAGAGAUUCCGGGCACCGGCCACCCUCUGCAGUCCAGAAAUGUGAUGAAAAUACGACGACUCAGGAAAACUCAAGUAUCAUACCCGUCCCAGAAAACGGCUCUAAAGCUGACACUGAACAUACGGAACAGGGACACGACCAUUUGCUGGAAACCGUCGCCUUGUCCUGAUAAAUACAAUAUAGCCAGGGGAUAACUGUAAAUAGAAACGGUAUAAUCAGAUCAUUAGAAUCUAGGGGAAACAUAGAAACCGCUCAACAAACGCAUGUACGGUGGCAUACUCUUUCAUUACAGCGUACCAGAGUACCCGAGAGGAGUAAUAUGGCACAAAUUAACACCCUGGCCUCGAAGGGCAAUAAUUUACCACUUAGGCUACACUCUAAAUACUUUUAACACCGCGAGUUCGGUCCUGUCUAUGUAAAUACUGCUGUGCGGCGAUGAUGACUGACUUCCGAUGGUGUAUUGUCUUGGGAAAAUAACGGAUCCGAGGGACGAAGUGGAUUGUAUUGUAAAUUUCAAACAAUUCCGCUGGGUAACGGCGUGUAGCUUUUCGAUGUUCCGGAGAAUUGAAAAGGGCCAGGAUGUUGGAAGUUUUGUAUUCCGGCUGAGCGCUGUCCAUCACUUGUGGUGCUGAACUGAAGAGGCAACAUGGACGAUUUUUUUCCUCCUAAUAUAAUCAAUUUAUUCCUUGCAUAUUUUGUUGUAAAAUCAUGUAUGUAUGUAAAUGUAUAUUUAAAUAUAUACAUAUAUAAGACAAGGCUUCCCAAAAUUAUCACUGUUUAAUUAAUCAAGCACCUUCUGAAAUGGGCAAUAGUUCAAUCUCGAGAAUAUACUGACCGUAAAAGCAGGGCUAAAAAUGUAUCGAUUUGCCUGUACGUCAUAACGUGGGUUUUUGCAUUAACCUUCCAAAUAAACCAGAGGAGAGUAAUUGCAAUUCGCUGAACAGUGCAGGAAAAUUCUUAAUGUGCAAAUAUAUUUUAAAUGAGCUAUUUAUUGAGAGUGGACAAAUAUAAUUAUCUCAUUUUUUUUCAAACAGUUAAAGUGCAAUAGAAGUUUUGGUGAUAGUACUUUAUUGUUUUAGUUUAAUAUUUUUCUCCAAAGUGACACUUAAUUAUUCUUCCAGAGGUAUAUAUACGUGUGUGUGUUUCAGUUUGUUAGUGAUAAUGUACGAAAUCCUAGACUUAAGUUUGCUUUCCUAGAAAAGAUCACUUGAUUUUCAUUACCUGUUAUGUUUAUAAAUCCUGGUAUUUAUAGUGUAACUUAUGGCCUAUAAUAAAAGAGACAUCAUCUUAAAAGUAA